UCACUGAGGGCUACAUGCUUUGAGAAGUCUACUUGGUGUUAGCCACAGUUAGCAUUACUUUUUUUUUUUAUGUCAAACGGCUAUUCCCUCCAGGAAGAAAUGACUUCGCUAAACGGAAAACCUGAUGUUAUGUUUGAGGACGAUGAUCUGCCUUAUGAAGAGGAGAUUAUCAGGAACCCAUACUCAGUCAAAUGCUGGAUGCGUUACAUCGAGUUCAAACAGAAUGGAGCCAAAUCCACCCUCAACAUGAUAUAUGAACGGGCCCUGAAAGAGCUGCCCGGCAGCUAUAAGCUGUGGUACAAUUAUCUGAGAGAGAGACGGAAACAAGUCAAGGGGAAAUGUGUCACUGACCCAGGCUAUGAGGAGAUCAAUAACUGCCACGAAAGGGCAUUGGUGUUCAUGCAUAAGAUGCCUAGAAUUUGGCUCGAUUACUGCCAGUUCCUUGUGUCUCAAUGCAAGAUCACAAGAAGUCGGCAAACAUUUGACCGUGCGCUCAGAGCUCUUCCUGUUACUCAGCACCCACGCAUCUGGCCUCUGUAUCUCCGCUUUGUUCGUAACCUGCCCCUGCCUGAGACUGCCAUCCGGGUGUACCGUAGGUACCUUAAGCUUUCUCCAGAGAAUGCAGAGGAAUACAUAGACUACUUACGAUCUGUUGGCCGCUUGGAUGAAGCAGCUGUGCGACUAGCAGCUGUUGUCAAUGAUGAAAGCUUUGUGUCCAAAGAGGGCAAGUCCAACUAUCAACUGUGGCAUGAGCUCUGCGACCUGAUCUCCCAGAACCCUGAUAAAGUGACCUCUCUGAAUGUUGGAGCCAUCAUCCGAGGGGGCCUCACUCGCUUCACAGACCAGCUUGGAAAACUCUGGUGCUCUUUAGCUGACUAUUACAUUAGGAGUGGUCACUUUGAGAAGGCACGUGAUGUGUAUGAGGAGGCCAUCCUUACAGUGGUAACAGUAAGGGAUUUCACACAAGUGUUUGAUAGUUACGCUCAGUUUGAAGAGAGCAUGAUUGCAGCGAAGAUGGAGACCACCUCUGAGAUGGGGAAGGAUGAUGAUGAUGACAUAGACAUGGAGCUUAGACUCGCUCGCUUUGAGCAGUUGAUAGCCCGGCGGCCCCUCCUGUUGAACAGUGUACUACUGCGGCAGAACCCUCAUAAUGUCCAUGAGUGGCACAAGCGGGUUAAACUGUAUGAGGGCAAUCCACGGCAGAUCAUCAACACAUACACAGAGGCAGUGCAGACAGUGGAUCCAAUGAAGGCCACAGGGAAACCUCACUCUCUCUGGGUUUCCUUUGCUAAAUUCUAUGAGGAAAAUGAGCAGCUGGAUGAUGCCAGGACAAUUUUUGAGAAGGCUACCAAGGUGAACUACAAACAGGUGGAUGACCUUGCCGCAGUGUGGUGUGAAUAUGGAGAGAUGGAACUACGCCAUGAGAACUAUGAACAGGCACUGCGCAUACUGAGGAAAGCUACAGCCAUCCCAUCCAAGAAAGCAGAGUACUUCGAUGCAUCUGAGCCAGUCCAAAACAGAGUUUACAAGUCCUUGAAGGUCUGGUCUAUGCUGGCGGACUUGGAGGAGAGUCUGGGCACUUUCCAGUCUACAAAAGCAGUGUAUGAUCGCAUCAUUGACCUCCGCAUUGCCACACCACAGAUCAUCAUCAACUAUGCCAUGUUCCUUGAAGAGCACAACUACUUUGAGGAAAGCUUCAAAGCAUAUGAGCGUGGCAUUGCGCUCUUCAGGUGGCCAAAUGUUUAUGAUAUCUGGAACACAUACCUUACAAAGUUCAUUGAUCGUUAUGGGGGCAAGAAGCUGGAGAGAGCCAGAGAUUUAUUUGAACAAGCUCUGGAUGGCUGCCCUGCAAAGUUUGCCAAGACCAUUUACCUGUUGUAUGCCAAGUUGGAGGAGGGAUAUGGAUUGGCACGACACGCCAUGGCUGUUUAUGAAAGAGCAACGCAGGCAGUAGAAACUGAGGAGAGACAUCACAUGUUCAAUAUCUACAUCAAGAGAGCAGCUGAAAUUUACGGAGUCACGUAUACCAGAGCAAUUUACCAGAAAGCUAUCGAGGUCCUUCCUGAUGAGCAUGCAAGGGACAUGUGUCUGCGAUUUGCUGACAUGGAGAGUAAACUUGGCGAGAUUGAUCGAGCCAGAGCAAUCUACUCCUACUGCUCCCAGAUCUGUGACCCAAGGGUGACUGCAAACUUCUGGCAGACCUGGAAAGAAUUCGAGAUCCGCCAUGGAAAUGAGGACACAAUUAGAGAAAUGCUGAGAAUCAAACGCAGUGUCCAAGCCACAUACAACACCCAGGUCAACUUUAUGUCCUCUCAGAUGCUCAAGGCCACAACAAGCUCCACAGGUACAGUGUCCGAUCUCGCUCCAGGCCAAAUGGGAAUUGAUGACAUGAAGAUGUUGGAGCAGAAAGCACAGCAGCUCGCUGCAGAAGCCGAACAGGACAAAGCCAAGCCUAAAGAAAAGAUUCUCUUUGUCAGGAGUGACACCUCUCGCAGUGAGUUGGCUGAGCUUUCCAAGCAAGCCAAUCCUGAUGAGAUUGACAUUGAUGAUGAUGACGAGGAUGAAGAUGAUGACGACCAGGGACCAGAAGAGGUGCAGCUAGAACAGAAGAGUAUCCCCACAGCUGUCUUUGGAGGGCUUAAAGACGACUGAAAGAAGCCUCCCUCGCUGAUUUCUCUUGUCGGCAUCAAAUGGGCUCCAUUUUUAACUUUGUGUAAUUACUUAGUUGUAUUCAUGUUACUUUAAUAGAAAUUGUCAUGAGUGAAACACAGGAUGGCAACGUUUUUGCCUUCUGUGUUUUUUCCUGAUGGAUUUUUGUAGUACAGUAUACAAAGAUAUGAACUUGUGUCAGUAUUGGCCAUAUGGUGUCAGUCUUUCACAAGUAUCAGACUCAAGCUAAUUGUGCGAUUGAGCAGUUUUCUGUCAUGACAUACUGAUUUGGAGGCAGAUGAUAACUGUAACUGAAGUCUGACAUAUUCAAACAUGUCUCUGAACAUUUUGUUAAAGAAUUAACAGUAAAAACACUGUUGUACACCUAAUAAAUGCAGAGAUCUUGCUCUAACAGGAAGCUCUGCCAUAGAAAACAGAGGGGAGGAGCAUAGUUUUUCAACAGAAGGCAUUCAUUUGAACGUGCAGCUGAGCAUUCAAGCCUCACAAUGUUGGCUUGGGGAUCUCUAGUAGGUGGGUGUCUUGCAAAACCUCAUGAUAAUGAAAAGAUUUCAUAAUUUGUUUACAUACUGUAUGCCACCUUUUAAAUAUCAAUAUCGUGACCCAAUGCAGUCUGACAGUGUUUGGUAUACAACAACAUUUUUGCCACUGCAUAAGUGUGUGACUUAUGUACCAGCAAAUCUAAUUGACAAGGUGGUCUCUUUGAAUGUCUGAAACUUUUGUUACGUUGUCCUGAGAACACAGUUAUAAUAAAAAAAAUGGAUUUAUACCUGUUAA